AUGAAAGCCUUCUUGGCGAAAGGCAGACUGCCCCGGGUUAGGGUUUCCGUUGAGGGAUACGACACUUUGGUUCCUCAGGAAGAUAUCAAGAAGGCGUUGACUAAUCACUUCAGUUCAUGCGGCGAAGUCCUAACAACAAAAAAAUUGGUCAGGCGUGCUUUUGUUGUUCUUCGCGGAGAUGGCGUAGAAGGGAAGGCCUUGCAACUUGAUGGAAGUGACGUGGGAGGAUGGGAAGCUCUUGUUAAGGUUACACCGACAGAAGACGAGGUGACUCUACGUUAUAAAGCCCGUCUUCUCAAAGAGACAUGCGAGGACAAAAGAUGUAGGUUUGGCAUUACCGUUAGGGGAUAUGACACUUCGCUUCCCGACGUCAAGACCACUUUGGUGAAACAUUUCUCUUCUUGCGGAAAGAUCACACAUGUUUAUAUCAGUACCCUCGACAGAAAGACUAAUAUUUAUUUUUCCCGACGAGACGAAGAAAAAAAGGCGCUGAAACUUGAUGGAAGUGAAGUGGGAGGAUGGAAAUUAGCUGUUACUCUCGUAGCUACAACGAGAGGUAACCCGGACCGCGUCUCGAAGAAACGUCGUCUUAGCUAUUGUAUCCCAGGUACAGUACAUGAAUAA